GUUACCUACUUCAUCUGUCACUUGUGGAGUUGUCAGAUAUUCGCCCGGUGCGCGACCGCUUUUUCAGCUUUUCCCACUUUUUCGCAUUCGACUCGGCCUGUUUUCCGCCACAACACUCAAUUCUGGUCCCCAUUUCCAUCGAUCCACGUCGAUGUCAAUUUAGUUUUCAGUCGUUCGUGACAUUUGACAGCAGCUCGUUCGAAGUAGAGCUUAGUUAAUAACUUUUUUAGUUUAGCUUUAGUUUUCGACAUAUUCGUUUCGUCUCCCGUUUCAAGAAGUCGCCUGAACUUCUGCUCCUUCGAAGAACCUUCUUCGAGAUCCGUCGAGCGAGAGUAAUUUCGUGAUAAAGUGACGAAUUCCCCCCUUUGAAACGGCACCUGCAAACGUGAACAAAAUUUCAGACGGGGCACGGGACUAACCUUUUCUGUAACUCAAAGCCAAAUUGCAUUGUGAUCGGACUGACUUCAAGUGGAAAUCCUUGUGAAGUGCUCGCGUAUAUCGAACCGACAUACUGCCAGCAGCAACUUAGGCCGAUUCGUAUAGAAUUCUCUGUCAUCUUGACGACGUUCGCAGCAUUUUCCAUUCGGGGCUCCAGUUACUUGUCUGCAAACCGCAAAGAACGUAGCGAAGAUGUCAACAAACUUGCGGCAGAUUCCAUUGACUUGCAGCGGCCACACUCGACCAGUUGUCCACUUGGAUUUCAGCGAUGUCACCGAGUGCGGCUACUUCCUCAUUUCAGCCUGCAAAGAUGGCAGUCCAAUGCUUCGUCAAGGUGACACAGGUGAUUGGGUUGGAACAUUCGAAGGUCACAAAGGUGCUGUAUGGGGUGUAGCUUUAAAUAAAAAUGCCACCCUAGCCGCAUCAGGUGCGGCCGAUUUCACAGGAAAAGUAUGGAAUGCGAUUUCUGGUGCUGAAAUUCACAGUUUUCAGCAUAAACACAUUGUCAAAUCGGUGGCCUUCGAUCAAACAAGUGAACUAUUGGUAACUGGAAGCAAUGAAAAGCUUGUUCGUGUCUUCAAUUUAAAAAAUGCCACAGCCGAACCGGAAGUCUAUACAGGACAUACGGGAGCUGUUAAACGUGCCCUAUUCUGCCGUAAUGAUCAAUAUAUUGUUAGUGCUGCUGAAGAUAAAACAUUAAGGUUGUGGGAUCGAACGUCAGGACAAGAAGCACAAAAGAUCGAAUUCCCCAACAAUCCAAAUAGCUUAGAACUAUCGGCAGAUAAUAAUAUUCUGACGGUUACGCAUGGAUCUAGUAUUAGUUUUUGGGAAGUAGAUACCUUGAAGAAACUAAAAGAGAUUAAAGUACCGACUAAUGUAGCAUCAGCUAGUCUUCAUCCUGAUAAACACAUUUUCGUUUGUGGCGGAGAGGAUUUCAAAAUGUAUAAAUUUGACUAUAUCACUGGAAACGAAAUUGAAUCCUUCAAAGGACAUUUUGGUCCAGUGCACGCAGUGAAAUUCAGUCCGGACGGUGAACUUUAUGCGAGCGGGUCAGAAGAUGGAACUCUACGAUUGUGGCAGACAACAGUUGGUAAAACGUACGGACUAUGGAAAUGCACUGAACCCGGUGAAUUGAAUAAUUCAAUAAAUUCACCACGUGAGGUUCAUGCAAAUUAGAAAUGAUAUUGAUUGAGUAAAAAUGCUUUUAAAAAAAAGCAGAAGCGAAAAAAAAUCCUAUAAAUCUAAUAUUUACGAUUACGUAUGUAGAUUCUUCUUAAGUUCAAACAAAGCAAAAAAUUUGAACAUUUCAUUAUGCAGCAUGAUUAGUUUUUUUCUGGAAAAAAAAGAUAAACCAACCAAUGUCUAAUGGAAAGUGUAGACAGACUCAAUCCAACCAGUUUAUCGAGGAGAAUGCAAAAUUUUGUUUGCCUAUUCAUUAGUUAAAUUAUUUGUGAAAAAGAAAUGAAAAAAAUCACAAGAAAA